CCUGACUGAUCCCACGUGUGACGGAGCGCUGCAUUCCCGGCUCACUGACACCGUAGCUCCGCUCUAUCCGCCGACCCUAACGCCUGUGUGUAUCCGUCACUCACUGCCUGUAGCUGGGUCAAAACAUGGAAGGGGACGGCAGCCAAGCCACGUCUGGAAGCCCGACUGAACCGCAGCACGACCCGGGGAAAAUGUUUAUCGGUGGCCUCAGCUGGCAAACUUCACCAGAUAGCCUUAGAGAAUAUUUUUGUAAAUUUGGGGAAAUCCGAGAAUGUAUGGUGAUGAGAGACCCAACGACAAAACGUUCCAGGGGCUUUGGCUUCAUCACUUUUGCAGAUGCUGCCAGCGUAGAUAAAGUCUUGGCACUGACGCACCACGAGUUAGAUUCUAAAAUGAUCGAUCCUAAAGUUGCCUUUCCUAGACGUGCUCAGCCCAAGAUGGUCACGAGAACAAAGAAAAUAUUUGUUGGAGGAUUAUCAGCCAACACAGUAAUUGAAGACGUGAAGCAAUAUUUUGAACAGUUUGGCAAGGUAGAGGAUGCCAUGCUAAUGUUUGACAAAACCACCAACCGACAUAGAGGUUUUGGCUUUGUUACAUUUGAAAUUGAGGAUGUGGUGGAGAAAGUCUGCGAGAUCCAUUUUCAUGAAAUCAAUAAUAAAAUGGUAGAAUGCAAAAAGGCCCAGCCUAAAGAAGUGAUGUGUCCCCCGGGGACACGAGGUCGGGCGAGGGGCCUUCCGUACACUGUGGAUGCCUUCAUGCUGGGCAUGGGCAUGCUGAGUUAUCCUAACAUUGUAGCAACAUACGGCAGAGGUUACACUGGAUUUGCCCCAAGCUACAGCUACCAGUUCCCAGGCUUCCCAGCAGCAGCGUACGGUCCGGUGGCAGCGGCAGCAGUAGCGGCGGCGCGUGGCUCAGGUAGGGGGGCCCCUGGAAGAGUCGGCGGCUACAUGGCAUACGGGCAGAACACAGGGGCAGGCUUCCCUGACUAUGGGUUGUAUUCUACGGCCGGCAGUGACAUGCGGGGAGGGGGCUCCUACUCCCUGGCUGACUACGGCUCCCUGGGGGCCCAGGCGGCUCAGAUCCUGCCCAGUGAUCACGCCAGCUCUUCCUGCAACUCCCCCAACUCCAUUCAGCACCACCUGCACAGCCCGGACCCCUUCAAGAGCCCAGGAAGCAACCAAACCAGGCCUGGAGGCUUCCAUGGGGCCAACAGUCCUGGCCCCGUAGCUGACCUCUAUGGAGGCACCAGUCAGGACUCUGGUGUGGGAAACUACAUCAGCGCCACCAGCCCUCAGCCGGGCUCCGGCUUCAGCCACAGCAUUGCUGUGAUGCCACCCAGCACUAACCACUACAGCCUCCACGCAGUGAGCCUGAGCGGGGGUGGGACCAGAUGAAGAACCGUUUGAAAACAAAAGUCCAGAAGUGGUGAACAGCCUGCGAUGGAGAUCCCUCUGACUGUGUCCGGUAUACUUGUGUUGAGAUUUGCUGGUUUGGAUUUGAAUAAUUUUCAUUUUGAUUUGUAGACGUAUUGUAUUGGACAUUUAAUCAAUAAUGAUAAAUUAUUUUUAAAAUAUUUAAUUAUGAUUAUUUUAAGUGUACGUUUGUUUGUUUGUUUUGAUUAGCAAGUUAAACGAAAGCAAUGUACUACACCCUUUGUGUGUGUCAUUGUGGUUACUUCUUAUCUCUGAGUGAUGAAAGAUUGUCAGUUUGCACGUACAAAACGUCUGAUGUGAACAGUGUUGGUUCACGUAUCAAUUAACACAAGACAAACCAAUUACACCUAGUAGCUUUGGUUCUAGCAAUGUGGUCUCAACAUACCCAUUUUAGGCAAUAAGAGGACGACAAUAUUUUCACAGUCCUGUUUUAUAAAUGUUUUUUUGUCUUGAGAAAAUUAAUAUAUACAAAGUUGUGUUUUUAUUUCUGUGUCAAAUUUUGAAAGAAGUGUAUAACUGUACAUGGUGUUUAAGUAAUUAUAGUGGUUUAGUGAGGGACAGGAAGGGAUUACCUGAAGAUAGUCCCAUCAUGCGCUGCUGGUUCGCUUCUGACAUGCUCUACCUGUGGCUAAUUUGAUACCAGCAUAUUUGUCUACAUUAUGAGCUAUAGAGAGCUGAAGGAAUGAGUCCUUUAAACCAGGAAUGAGUUAGUAUUCUACCAGUUCCGGUUCCCUUGUCUCAAAGUCAACGUUUUUUUGAACAUAUUGUGCUUUGUUUAAUUCCUGAAAUAAGGUCUGCGGUUAACGCAAACUUUAGAGAUUUUCCUGUUUUGUUCUACGACAUAAAAUAUGUCGUUAAAUACUCCAUCCAUGUCCGAAUCUUUUUUGUGUCAUUAAUACAGCGGUUGCUAACAAGUAGCUAAAUAGGCCUACCAAACUUCAUCACGCCAAACAAUGGUCCGCCUUAACUUAGCGUCGGUGACAUGAAGUCAUGUGACCGUGAUGUAUGGUUUAUAGCCUCGUUUAUAGUAACGGUAGCAUUUUACUAUUGUAAAUUGCAUUAACGCUUCGACUACUAUAAAAAGUGAAGUAAAUAUAUGAUGAUUAUUCACCUGAACAAAACAUGUUAGUAUCAUAAAUCAUUGUUAGCCACAGAUCUUAUUUUUUGCAAUGUUCCAAAAUCCAAAGGAAAAAUCCCAUUGGCUUGUUUUGUGGCGGCCUUUAUGAUGCUAACUUCCGGGUCAGCCUACAAAACAACAACAUCACUGCACAACUCUAUAGUGCGCACAAUUAUGUCUGUGACACACAAAUGACGGACUCUCCUCUAAUUCUCUUUGAAGCUCUGUAGCAUGAAAACUAAUCAAUCCAAAGCACACUUGAUCGUUUUUGGAUUACAAAGAUGAUUUUCAUUUCAUAUGCUGUAAUUGUCUUCACAUGUACGGUGUCACACAAAAGACAAUAUUUCAAGUUUUGCUACUUGUGUUUGUUACGAGGAGGAAGAAGUGCAGCAGAUGAGUGUUGCUUAUUACCUCAGUCCUAUGAGAUUUUCUAACGAUGACAAGAGAACCUAUUUAAAAAUAUGACUGGCUAACAAAGUUGUUGCACUGUCAUUAGAGGUAAGGCUGAGAGCAGAUUUCAUUUGCACAUUUAGUGGACUUUUAUUUAUAACUCAAUUUUGGUCAGCCUAACUUGAAAAUGUCUGGAGUUUUAUUUACUGUUUUUAAAUGUUACAGUUGCUUGCAUAACACUGGUCGAUCCAACAUCAAUGAAAACACACAGAUGUUCAUACACGCAUUAGACAAAAUGUAAAAAAAAUAGGAAUGUUGUCUGUAAUUUCAUGUACAUAAGGAUUUGCUAUAACUAAAGAAUCAAUCUUUUUUUAAGUUUUUAAUUGAUAUGAAUUGAUAAAUGUACGCUGUUUUCUUCCCUCUGUGCUAAUACAAAUAUUUUACAAAUUACUUUUACAAACUGUGGGAAGCUGAAUGCUGGACUGUUUCUAUAAUGCAGUAAUGAUCAGAAAACAAAAAAACAAAUGUGUAAAUUGUUAAUUAAAAAGAGAAACAUGUAUGUUCCCUUGUAUGAUUCACAUUUCUAUGAAGGAUUUGCAUCAAUAUUUUUGUGGCUGUUAAUGAUUCUAUAAAUAAUAUCUAUAUAAAUCACAAUAUAUCAUGUACUGUAUAUUCAUCCAGUUUUCUCUUCAUCAUCCUCGACAAUAAUCUUCAGUUGAGCAUUAAUGUCUUGCAGUAACUAAAGAAAAUCUAAUGACUUAUGGGAGUGCUGUCUUUGAUACCAGUGUAGUGUCCUAUACACAGAUGUGUUACCUUUAAAACUCUCACUUGUUUUGUCUCUCUCACUCUUUCUCCCAGUAACUAGUGGUAGAUGUUCUGUAGUUGCAAUAUUGUUAGCUAGUACUCAUCACGUAGGACCUGUAAGGAUAGUUCUUUGACAUGUUCCUGACUGAAGUGGACAUUUGUUUCACUUGAAUUUAUAUUUUUAUGUUGAAUUUGUGCUGCUCUCACAUGGUUUCAGCAAACCAAAUCUACGGAGGCCGACCCUGCAAACGCGCUACAACCGGACAAAACACUUACCUUAGGAGAAAUGCGCUGCGCUUUCAAAAUCAAUGUCAAUACAAAAAUGUUGGCCAAAAAACGUGAAAAUUAAGAAACAGUUUCAUUAACUUGUCAACACAGCUUUUAGAUAACAUUCACCAAAGCUCUGCAAAUAACAAACGCUGCGGCUAACAAGUGACGCACAGAGCUGGGACCGGAGCACUUGUUGAUGUUUGGGGUUAUAAAGUUGGCCAACUGUCACCGUCUGGAAACGUACCUAGAGUUUUAUUAGCUUAUUUCAACAAUGUAAUCGCGUCAUUCGUUCUGAUAUUAUUGCAGAUCUGCUGUAAGGUAGCUCGCUAACGUAUUUCACCUAGUCGUUUCCAAUAUACUGAUAAAACACUUUUUAGCUUAGCCAACUUUAGAAUCUCCGAACGCCAACAAGUGCUCCGGUCCCAGCUGUGUGCAUCACUUUUUAGUGUCCCCGUUUACGUCACGUUUGAACGUAUUGCAGCUCUUUUUUGUAUUCGCAGUGCUAUUAGUAAAUGCUGCACAUGUGUUGUCAAGUUGGCAAAGAUGUUUCUUCAUUUGCGUAUGUUUUGGCAUGUUUUUUUUAAAUGUUCAUUGUAUUUGAAAAUGCAGCACGUUUCUCCUGGAAGUGUUUCGGCCGUUGUAGCGUGUUUGCUCCUGUCGGCCACCGUACAAGGCUCUGUAAGUGUUUCAAGAAAGAUUUGCUGUGAGUUGUUCUUCUAAACACGGCAUUAAUAGGACCCCACCUUUGAAUGUCAUAGUAAGGGGGUUUGCCAUACUACCUUAAAUGCUAAUGCUGGAUAUGCUAAACACUUAAAGAGCAGGAGGAAUGAUGAAACAAAAAGCAUAUUUUGAUAUAGUUACAACAGUAAUAAUAAAGACUAUUAUAAAUAUAACUAAUCUGAACGCUGUGUUCUAAUAUUCUUAUUUUUGUUAUGUCCCAGUGGCACUACUUUUUGAAUACUGUUUUUUUUUACUUGUUCAGUACUUUUGACUUUGAACUCAUUUUGAAAUAUUUAGUUUUGCUCUUGGAUCAAUCAAACAGCUCAUACUUUAAUAAAUGUUAGAUUUCCAAUCACUAAAGCUUGUUAUCCAUAUACUGUAUAACUGUGGUGAAGUGAACUGAACUCAAAUGGUAUAUAUUAGAAAAAAAUCUACCUAAGAUCUUCCAUAAUAUAUCUGUUUUUUAUGACUUUGCGUUCUUACCAAAAAGCAUUGAUUGCAAACAUUAUCCUCAUUGGUCACUACUUUCCAUUUGCAUUAGGGGUGUCAAGUGAAUUAUAUCUAUACAUCCAAAAAAAUCAAAUAGUGACAGUUGUAAUCCUAGGUUUGUUCUAGUUUUUUUUCCAAUUAUUUCCAAUGAGGAAUGAGUCCAUGUCGCCACAUGUGAUUAAAACUGGGUCCGGCAGUGGCUCAGUCAGUAGGGGCUUGCACUGUGAGCCGUAGGGUCGCUGGUUGAAGUCCCCGACCAGACCUAAAUAUGGAGUGUGGACUGGUACUUGGAGAGGUCCCAGUUCACCUCCCCCUGCCUUGGUGCCCUUGAGCAAGGCACCGGACAUCGUUUUUGGUCGAGAGAGCCCUUGCAAUGCUAACGUCUGAGACAGCCUACAAAAAUAUGUUAUUAUUACAUCACUCUACGGUGCAACGAUUCAAACUAUUUUGACAAAUCUUCCACUCAGUAUAUAUAUGACUACAUAAUCAAAUUGUUCCAGACAGUUCAUUGUGUGUUACAACUGUCACACUAAUCUGCAUUUGUCUAAGCCACUUUGAUAUGAAGUGUUAUUAAAGUAGGAGUUGUUUGCCCAUUUCAAGCAGCUGAUCCCGGUCCACAUGUCUUGAUUUGAAUUCAUAUCCUGCACUUUAAGGUAGCAUGGCUCUGUUGUUGCUGUACGUAAAUAUUGACAGCAGUUUACAGCAAAUGAAUGUUAUACAUCUUGUUAGACGAGUUCAUCUGUUGACAGAAAAAAAGGAGAACAUUCUACCUGGAAGUUUUGGGAAGUUGUAUUUUGAGUGUACUUUAUCCACUUAAACUUGAAUCUUGAGGCAAGUGCUAGGUAAUGGCCAACUGCUAUUUUGUCCCUGAAACGGAGCCUGCUAGUAGUUGGACGCUCAUGUACACACAGAUCCAAGGCUUUCAGCAUGUGGAUGAACAGCUUUAUAUAUAGCCAACACUUGCAGCUCACUUUUUCCAAUAAUGCAAAACAAUUGAUACUGAAAAUGGUAAGGUACAAUAAUAAUUGUGUUUAGUGUGCCAACAGUGGCACAACUCUGAUGUAAAGGUUUCAUGUUCUCAGUCAUUAGUCUCAUCCAGUAGAUGCUUGUCCUUCAUCCGGAGGUCUUCUGAUUGCCUUGCCCAUACUUACCACUUGCCCUUUUUUUUUAGUGUUAACAGACUUUUUACCAUGAGAGCUGACUGAAUGGACUGACAGUCUGAAAGCAUAUUUCAGGUCUUCUUGUAUGGCUUGCUCAAGCCCUGCUGUAAAAACAAAAAAAUAUGAAAUAAGGGGAUGGGGGUCUCUCUGUGGAAAAUAUAAUUUUGUAUUUGUAUUUUCAAAUGAUAAUAAAACAUGUUUGUGAAAGCUUUCCAUCCUC